GAUGGGUGGCUAAAUUCUCAUAUCAUUUACAUUUUGCCUUUCUUGUUUAGAGUCUGCUGUUUGGCUUCAAAGAAAAAAAGAAAAGAAAAAUGAAGCUAGUAAGCAUUCAAUGCGUAGUGAUCCUCCUGCUCUUGUACGCCUCCUUGCAGGUUACAGAAACACAGGCCAAAACACAGCCCAAAAAAGUAGUUAAACCCCAAACUGUUACGUGCUACAACCGCAAGAGCAAAUGCUUUCUCAAGUAUGUAAAAUGCCCAAUUCAAUGCCCACAGGUCCAACCAAAAGACCCUAAUGCCAAAGGCUGCUUUCUUGAUUGUUACUCUCCCAAAUGCGAGGCUGUGUGUAGGACACGUAAACCAAACUGUAAUGGCCCUGGAGCUGCAUGCUAUGAUCCCCGUUUCAUUGGUGGAGACGGCAUUGUUUUCUACUUUCAUGGAAAGAGCAAUGAGCACUUCGCCUUGAUAUCCGACGUCAAUCUCCAAAUCAAUGCGCGUUUCAUUGGCCUUCGACCUGCUGGCAGAAUGCGGGACUAUACAUGGAUCCAAGCCUUAGGUCUCAUGUUUGGCACUCACAAUUUCACUCUGGAAGCCACAAAGGCAGAAAAAUGGGAUAGUGACGUUGAUCACUUGCACUUCUCUUAUGAUGGGAAGGGUAUAAUAGUACCAGAAGGCCAUUCCUCUGAAUGGAGUUCACCAGAUAAUGGUCUUAAAGCGGAGAGGACUUCAAACAAGAACAGUGUGACAAUCACCAUACCAGGAAUUGUGGAGAUAUCUGCGAAUGUGGUUCCAGUGACAGAAGAAGAUGACAAGAUACACAAUUACCAGAUACCAUUUGAUGACAGUUUUGCCCAUUUGGAAGUGCAGUUCAGGUUUGCUGGCUUAUCCCCUCGAGUUGAAGGAGUUCUUGGCAAGACUUACCAGCCUGAUUUCGAGAAUCCGGCAAAACCAGGUGUUGCAAUGCCAGUGGUUGGCGGGGAAGACAAGUACAAAACUAGCUCGCUUCUCUCUACAGACUGUCGAUCUUGUGUGUUCUCUUCGGGAGAAGUUGUGGCCGACGAGAGCUCAGUGGCGAUGGAAUAUGGCACAGUAGACUGCACUAGUUGGAAUGGUGGUGGAAAUGGUCUAGUGUGCAGGAAAUGAUCAUUGAAAUUUCAGGGGUUGCUGUUGAAUAAUAAAGGAUCAAAGUGACUACUUUGGUUCUCUAGGUACUGUAAUAAGUUUGUGUGAAUUCAUUGUCGAAGUGACUACUUUGGUUCUCUAGGUACUGGAAUAACUUUGUGUGAAAUAUGUUUUUGUUAAAGCAUCUUCGUAAUUUGAAGAUAGUAAUGUUGUCAUUCCUCUAUUACCUU